ACGAUGGAUUGGAUCUAUUUCAUCAGUGUAAUCAUUUGUUUAUUUCUGCUGAAACAAUUCAUCUCUCUACUAUUGAUUCUAUUCACUUAUAAAAUAGGAAUAAGGUUAUUUUCUAAAAGGAAACUAUUAAAACAUGCAGGUGAAUGGGCAAUUGUGACUGGUGCGACUGAUGGAAUUGGGAAAGCUUAUGCAGAAGAAUUGGCUAGUGAUGGUUUGAAGAUAAUGUUAAUUAGCAGGAAUGCACAGAAACUUGAACGUGUAGCCAAUGAGAUUGAAGAGAAAUACAACACAGAAACGAGAGUUGUAACAGCUGAUUUUACAAAUGUUGAUGUUUAUGACAGGAUCAAAGAAGCGAUUGAUCAACUGUCAUCAAUUGCUUGUUUAGUGAAUAAUGUUGGUAUGGGUCAGCCUAAAUUAGACUACUACGCUACAACAGAUUAUUUAACAUUGAAUUUUAUUAAGAAUAUAAUAUUUUGUAAUACUUUACCAAUUGCUAUAAUGACACGUUUAGUAUUGCCAAAAAUGUUGAAACAACACACAUCAAAUAUGGCAAUCAUUAACAUUGGUUCACAUUCUGCUUAUCGAGCUUUCCCGUUUUUAUCAUUGUACUCUGCGACGAAGGCAUUUGUAAAUCAAUUAUCUCGAUCAAUAUCUGAUGAAAACUAUGAUAAUCGUAUAAUUAUACAAACUGUUUGUCCAAUGUUUAUAUCUACCGCUGCGACUGGUUAUGCCAAAAUGUCAUUAUUUGUACCUGAUGCAAAACAAUAUGCCUGCAGUGCUUUAGAUAUGUUUGGUGUUGAAAAUGAAACAUUUGGUUAUAUUGGUCAUGCAAUCAAAGCUUAUCUGACAAGAUUUUUCCCAAAUUUUCUUUGGAAGCAGUAUAUGUUAUUUAUGAAAUCAUUUUUUGAUAAGCAUAAAAAACAACAAGAUUGAUAGUAUUAUUUUACACUUUAAAACUUAAGAGUUUGAAUGAAAUAAAUCCAAUGAACGAAACCACAUAUCUGAAUGUAGUUUAUGUUAUUUUAUAUGACAAAAUAUCUCUAUUUUGACUACAUUUUUCGAAGUUAUUCUCUAUUCAAAUGUAUACAGUUUUUUAAGUCUGCUUUUAUAAAUUAUAAAUUGAAUAUUGAAUCCGAUGUAUUCAAUUUUCAAUAAUGGAAAACAAAUAAACAAAAUUCUAAUUUUUUAAAACUAAUUUUGAUGUAAAUUCUUCUGGUAGUAGUUAAUUUGAUUGAUUGACCGAUUAUUUUGACCUUUUUUUGAUUUUCAUAUAUUAUUGAUUUGUUCUAAAUAAAUGUUACUUGUUACAUUGA